UGCCUGGCUGGAAAACAUUAUUGAUAGCUUCUUUCUCCGCAACAUGGCUUGGAUCGCGUCGAUCUUUGGGGACAAGUCCCCGAGACCCCUAAACAUUGGCUUGACCGCCUUGGCCUGAAUCACCGACAUGUGCUUUAUGGGAAUAUUGAACGGCAAAUGUUGAUGCUUGCUUAUGAUAAGCUCCUUUUCGUCUUGUCUGUCUCGUUCUGUCCUCCUUCCCUGCCUUCUCCGAGACAGCAACACAAAUAACACCCUUGGGCGUUGCACAACAGCUACACCUGGUGUUCCCCUUCUCUGCUACCCGGGUAGCUUUACAUAUCGGUACAUCCCCCGUUCCUCCCGACACCCAAUCUGCAGAUAGAUCCCAUCUGCCAUUGAAAAUGGGAGCCAUGCGAAAGGAAGCGGGCGUGUGUGCGUUCCCGUCAUCGUCUGACCUGUCGACCCAAGAGAACACCGGCAGCCAGAAACCUGCGGUGGCUGGACUUCCGGACGAAAGAGACGCUCAACGGGCCUCGAUUCCGUCUGCUCCCACUGCCGCUCCUUCUCUUCCCAACAAGUCGCCUGCUCGGAGCAGCCCGAGAUCCGAGUCGCCAAACAAAGCAGCCCCGUCUAGCUCUGUUCACUCAGCUUCUUCUGGUGCUGCUCCUCAGAACCAGAACUCGGUUUCUUGUGCUGUGAGGAACUGGUCUUACUGGAACAACUGGGACGCCAACGGCACAAUGGCUGGAAUCGAGGGUCAUGACGGCGCUAUGGCUAUGGAGGGCACAACUAGUAAUGCUCGUCGGUGGUUAGCCCUCGCGGCUCUGGCUUGCAUGUGGACGAACGCUCAAGCUCCGUUAUUCAUGUUUGCCGGCGCCCCUGUUUAUAUCUACCGAGAGCUCGGCGGUAUCGACCACUGGGUGUGGUUCGUAUCUGCCAACCUCCUCGCCACGGCAGCAAUUUCCCCCUUUGUCGGCGCCUUGUCGGAUCUUGUCGGCCGUCGAUUUGUUGCCCUUGCUGGCAAUGCCUUGAUUGUCAUCGGCCAGAUUAUCUGCGGUGCUGCUACGAGCAUGGAUGCGUUUAUUGUUGGCAUGGCCAUCUCAGGUUUGGGAACCGGCAUCAACGAGCUCACUGCCUUGGCGGGCGCCGCCGAGAUUGUCCCCGUGUCUCGCCGCGGCUACUAUGUGGCGGCAAUGAUCCUCACCAUCCUCCCGUUUCUGCCGUCGGUCAUGUAUGCUCAGCUUAUUUCGGCGUAUUCGAGCUGGCGAUAUAUUGCGGUUGUAACUACUGGUUGGGCUGCUAUCGGUUUGGUCAUGGCCUUUUUGUUCUACCACCCCCCUCCACGGAUCGAUGCCCAUGCUGGCGAGAAGAGCGAGGUGCUGAAGAAGACGGACUGGGUUGGUGGGUUCUUGUCGAUUGCUGGGCUUGUGCUGGUGGAGGUUGGGCUGUUGGGUGGUGGUUACAAUGCUCCAUGGAAGAGCGCGAGGAUAUUGGCUCCUCUCAUAAUCGGUGCCUUGGUUUUGGUGGCCUUUGUGGUGUGGGAACGGAAAGGGGCCAGCCAUCCUAUGGUGCCGAGAGACAUGGGCAAGUCGCCUUGGACCUUGUGGCUGACUCUCAUCAUCACGUUCAUUUCGGGCGCCAACUUCUUUUCAGUGUUGAUGAUUUGGCCGAGCGAGGCGUAUAAUGUGUAUGGGCACGAUCCCGUCGGAGUCGGUAUCCGUGGUAUGCCCUUCGCCUUUGGCACCAUGGCCGGAUGUGUCAUCUCCCUGGUGAUGCUUUCUUGGCUCAAGGGAAACAUCAAGUGGAUUCUGUUCAUCUCGUCAACAUUGAUGACACUGGGCUGUGGAUUGCUGGCCAUUGCCAGAGUCGACAACAUUCAGACCGUGUACGGUGUUUUGUUCAUUGCUGGUCUCGGCGUGGGCGGAGUUGUCGUCCCGGCAUCGACAAUCACGGCCAUCAUCUGCCCCAGCGAUGUCAUUGCUACAGUCACCGCCUUGACUAUCGCCAUCAGAAUCGUAGGCGGUGCUAUCGGAUACGCCAUCUACUACAACGUCUUUGUGUCGAAGCUCCUCCCCCAGCUGAUGCAAAUUGUAGGCGGAACCUGCGUCAAGGUUGGGAUCGAACACGACAAGAUUGAACAGAUCAUCCAGAUGACGGGAGCGUCGCUGGUCAACGAGAUCAAGCACCUUCCGUUUGUGAACGAGGCUCAGUGGCAUGCGAUUGUGGCGGCUGGUCAGGUGGCUUAUUCUCAUGCAUACCCCUGGGCCUAUUACUGCAGUAUUGCUUUUGGGGGUGUGUCGAUGUUGGCGAGUUUGUUUUUGGGGGAUCUAAAUAUGGAUGAUACGGUUGCGGUGGUUCUUUGAUUCCAUGAGGGGGUUAAGAGUAGGAAUUCUGGCACGGGUUAAUGGAGCGGUAAUUGAUGACAUCUGGGGUUGGGAGUGGCCAUCUUAGAGGUUGUAGAACUCGGAAAGUGAUAUGGCCGGCAAGCUAGCUGUAGUUAGACGUAGGGCGCACACAUUUUUCUUUUGUAGUGGGUUUUGUGGG